AAGCUGUCGUUUUUGGUGGUCUCGCACUUUUUCCUUCCUUGCUCAUCCCGCUUUUUCCGUCUCCAGUUGUCCCUCCGCUUUUUCUUCCUUUGCGAGAUACUCAGGAAUUCUAACCCUAAUUCACAUCUCCGGAACAACAGUUGCACACUUGCAGACAUAUGGGGAAAAGGAAUCGCAGGGAGAAUAACCGUAGGGAGAAGGUGAUUCUGCCGCCGGAGUUACCUCCGGAGAUAUCUGAAGAUGAAAUUGAGGUCUCAGAUGAGGACUUGCAGUUCGUCGACGAGAACCGUGACUACGCUGGUUUCGUGUCUCGUUUGGACACCAAAUCUAUCACUAAGCACGUCACUCGAGUAGCUGAUGUGAAAGAGGAUGCUUUGGAGGCGUUAUAUGAGAAGCGAGUAAAAAGGAAGGCACUGCAGAAAGAACAGGAGGAGAGUAGGGUUCAAGUUGAUCCUGUCGAUGCCCUUCCAGUCAAAACUUCGGAUGGACAACUUUACUAUCGAACAUUUUCGAGGACAUCUGAAGAUGGUCAAAAUGAAGAUGAAGCUGGUAUUGAUAGAAAUAGCAUUGAUGUGGAUAAAAGCAUAUUGAGGCUGACAAAAACAGAGAGGAGGGAAAAGCUUAAGAAAAGUAAGAAAGAGGCCAAGAAACAAGCGAAUGAGUCUGCUAAAAUUGAAGAAGGGCAAGAAACACCACAGGCCACAGUGCUGGCUGAGGUGAAAGAAGAUCUCACAGCUGAAGAAUCAUUUGAAAAUAAGAAGCGCAAACUUGCUGAGCUGGGAAUAGAAUUGCUUGCUGAUCCAGAGUCCAAUAUAAGAUCACUUAAAGAUAUGUUAGAGAUAUGUAAAGAUGAUGAUGAUUCCAUUUCCAAACUUGGACUUUUGUCAUUGUUGGCUGUUUUUAAAGACAUUAUUCCGGGCUACCGGAUCAGGCUUCCCACUGAAAAAGAGCUGGAGAUGAAAGUCUCCAAGGAAGUGAAGAAGAGGCGGCAGCAUGAAUCAACCCUGCUAUCUGCAUACAAGGCAUACUUGCAGAGGCUGUUGAUCCUGGAGAAGAAGUCUGUCUUCCGGCAGGUUGCUGUUCGCUGCAUUUGUACCUUACUUGAUGCAGCUCCUCAUUUCAAUUUUCGAGAGAGCUUGUUAGGUGCUGUUGUCAGAAAUAUAAGCUCCUCAGAUAAUGUCAUAAGGAAACUUUGUUCCAGUACUAUUAAGUCACUUUUUAUGAAUGAGGGAAAACAUGGUGGUGAGGUCACUGUAGAAGCUGUUCGAUUGAUUGCAGCCUAUGUUAAAGUUCAUAAUUGUCAAUUGCAUCCUGAUUCUGUUGAGGUUCUUAUGUCUCUGUCAUUUGAUGAGGACCUUGGUGAGGCUGAAAAGCCAGUGGAAGACAAAAAGUUUAGAAGCAAGAAGCACAAAAGAGGAAAGAACUUUGAGGAGCCAAAACAAUUACAAGCCAGUGACAGAAAAAAAAAUAGGCAAGAACUGAUGAUGAAGAUGAGAGAGGAGGUAGCAGCUGAUUAUGGUGCUGCUUCAUUAGAGCCAGAUUUUGUGGCGAGAAGAACAAUGCAGACAGAGACACUUUCAGCUGUAUUUGAGACCUAUUUUCGCAUACUGAAGCAUACUAUGCAAUCAAUUACAAGUUUUGAAGGAAAAGCUAGUUCAACUGCUGGUACAUCUGGGGCCCAUCCACUGCUUGCUCCAUGUCUGAAUGGAUUGGGAAAAUUUUCUCAUCUGAUUGACUUGGAUUACAUUGGAGACCUUUUGGAUUAUUUAAAAACGCUUGCUUCUGGUUGUAUCAGUUCUGACAAUUAUUCUGAGAAACAUUUGAAGCAUUUGACAGUGUCUGAACGCCUCCAGUGCUGCAUUAUUGCGUUUAAAGUGAUGAGGAGCAAUCUUGAUGCUUUGAAUGUUGAUUUACACGAAUUCUUCAUUCAGCUGUACAAUCUUAUACUUGAAUACAAACCUGGAAGAGAUGAUGGUGGUGUGUUUGCUGAAGCUCUGAAGAUUAUGUUGUGCGAUGAUAGACAACACGACAUGCAAAAGGCUGCUGCAUUCAUAAAACGCUUGGCCACAUUCGCAUUGUGCUUUGGCUCUGCUGAAUCCAUGGCUGCUUUGGUCACUUUGAAGCAUCUUCUUCAGAAAAAUAUCAAGUGCCGGAAUCUGUUGGAAAAUGAUGCUGGAGGUGGUUCAGUGUCUGGUUCUAUUGCGAAGUACCAUCCAUAUGCGUCGGACCCAAAUUUAAGUGGUGCACUUACUUCGGUCCUUUGGGAACUCAAUCUUCUUUCCAAGCAUUAUCAUCCUGCUGUUUCAACAAUGGCUUCAGGCAUAUCAUGCAUGGGUGUUGCUCAAAACCAAGCUUAUUUUUCCGCUCUCUCUCCGCAAGAAGCUUUUAAGGACUUAUCGCUUGAAAGGGAAUCAUUUAACCAAGUUGACGCUAUGGGAAGAUCAAAUAAUAAGAGGUCUGGUUCAUCCAUUGGGGCAGUAAAAAAUCGAGAUACAGAAAGUUCAUUUGAUGAGGAUGAGUUGAGAGGGAAGCUUUCUGAGCAUUUCUCCGUGCUUCGUGACAUCAAGGAGAAAGAGAGAUUGAGGAAAGAGUUGGAUCGUACCAUGUUAUCCCUACAAUUAUAUGAAGAAUAUAAGAAGCAAAAGAAAAAGGCGGUGAGGUCCAAAACGAAGAGAUGUAAGAAGUUGCCUGCCCAGUGAUAGAGUUCAUUAUUUUGCAGAGUUAGAGGAUUUAAUGAAGCAAGUUUCUGCAGUAUUAAUAUUUCACUAUUUAUAGUUCUUUCCAUGCCCUGCGGUUGUUUUAGCUUCCUGUUACAGAUUUAGCAAAUGAUUCUUAAUUCUUCAGCAUUGUAUGACAUUGCAAUUCACUUGUUUCCAGAUACAAGUUUUCAGGUAAAAGGCCAGUUUCUUGAAAUUGUUA